AUGCUCUCCCCAAGUCACAUCAAAGAUGUCUUCAAUAGACCUGAACGGGAAAUCGAGGUUCUCCGUCCACAGAAUGAGACAAUAGAGGCCUCCUAUACACUUGGCGACCCAGAGCUUUAUGAUAAUGCCUUCCACAUUAAAGUUGUGCGAAAUCAACUUACGAGGAGCAUACCUCAUUUUUCCGAGUCUAUUGCAGAAGAGUUACAACUGGGACUAGAUCUUUAUUGGGGUACCUCAAAUGAGUGGAAGACAGUAAGGAUCUUUGAAUUCUGCCGUAAUGUUAUUGCAAGAGCAGCAAAUCGUGUCUUCGUUAGACCUGUAUUAUGUCGAGAUGAAUAUUAUCUCGAGCAAGCACGCCAAUAUGCUCUAUCAGUAUUUGGUGGAGCUCUCGUGAUUCGACUUUUCCCGAAGUUUAUGAAACCAGUUGUUGGUCGUCUAGUUGGUCUGAAAUCUAAAUGGCAUGCGUCCAAUGUUGAGCAUAUAAUUCUCCCAAUUGUCAUUGACAGGCUCGAAAAUGCGAAAAAGAAACAAGUAGAUUCAGAAUUCUCUUGGGUUGAGCCGGAAGAUGCUUUGCAGUGGAUCAUUGAAGAAUGUCUCAAAGCUGGCGAUUCGAAGCAACUAAAUCCAAGACUUAUUGUUAAACGACUUCUUAGCUUAAGCAUGGUUUCCAUGCACUCAACAAGUUUUACAAUAGCCAACACACUUAUUGAUCUCUUCAGUUCUUCUGGUUAUACCAAAGCUCUGGAAGUAAUACGCGAAGAGAUCGAGAACACCUUGAGGGAAUCUAACGGAGCGUGGACAAAGACCGCAGUCGUAAACCUCCAGCACAUAGACUCUACCAUUCGCGAUUCAAUGCGUUGUUCUGCAUUUGGGAUUGCAGCAUUGCCUCGUGUAGUUGCGCACCCGAAGGGCAUAUAUAUAAACAGAUACAACAUCCCAAAGGGGAUCAAGCUCGCUGUAGCCAUGAAUCAAGUGCAUUACGACCCAUUAUUCUACUCCAAUCCAACGCGCUUUGAUGCACUUCGUUUCUCUCGCUCGCUCAGUACCAAUUCUGCCCCACUCACCGAAACAGGCAUGGAAGACAAAAUGAGAGAUAUGAAUGAUGAGGCGGGCAAUCCGGCCGGAUCUUUGGAGCUGUCAGCCGCUACUCUCUCGGACCGCUUUCUUUCUUUUGGUUAUGGUCGUCAUGCAUGUCCUGGUCGUUUCUUCGCAGUGCAUGAGAUGAAGAUUCUACUAUCAUUGGUGUUACGCAAUUAUGAUAUCGAGCCUCUGGGAAAAUAUCCCGCGGGCAGACACUGGUCGAGGUCCAACUUCCUUCUGAGUAUACAACCCUUAGAACCCGCCGACGUAAUCAAUGAUGAGUGA